CCCGGUGAGCCGGAAACGAUCAACGCCUGAUUGAUGGACGGUCUCGAAGACAUUAGCCCUCUUCGCCCUGCCCACAAUUUCCGAAGCUUUUCCUUUCAUCUUGCUCCCAAUGGCAACUCACUGCCGAAGCAAAUCUGGCUUGAGAUGGAUGAUAAUGAUCAGUCGACCUCAAAUUCAAAUGCAACGUCUAUAAUCUCAGAGUUUGAUCCCGAGGUCAUUUCCACUUUCAGGGAAGUCCUCGAAGAGCUCCCUCCGGCGAGCCCGUUUCGCGUCAAUCCACGGAUCGAAAACCAGCCGACCAUCGCCGGAAGUGUCUCGCCAUUGGAGGACGAGAAGAAGUUCAAGGGCGACACUGGGAAGUUGAAUAAAGAGAGGGUAAUUUUGUACUACACAAGCCUGCGAGGGGUGAGGAAAACAUACGAGGAUUGUUGCCAUGUUCGGGUGAUUCUGAAAGGGACCGGCGUGCGAGUCGACGAGAGAGACGUUUCGAUGCAUUCGGGGUUCAAGGAGGAGCUAAGAGAGCUUCUGGGAGGUGGGUUCGCCAGCGGCGGCUUGCCGAGGGUGUUCCUGGGGAAAAACUACAUCGGCGGGGCUGAGGAAAUCCGGCGGAUGCACGAGGAGGGCCAGCUCGAGAAGCUGCUGGAUUGCUGCGAAAUGGUGGAUGACGGCGGCGCUGGCGCCGGCGUGUGUGAGGCGUGUGGUGAUAUAAGGUUUGUGCCAUGCGAGACGUGUUCAGGGAGCUGCAAGAUCUUCUACGAAGAAGAAGAAGAAGAAGAAGAAGAAGAAGAAGAAGAAGAAUGUGAUCGUGGGAGUGAAUAUGGCUUCCAAAGAUGCCCAUAUUGCAAUGAAAAUGGGAUCAUCCGCUGCCCUAUUUGCUGUGAUUGAUCAGAUGGAAGAUUUCAGAACCUUCUUUCUUUCUUCUUCGAUCCUUAUUUGUUUCUGGUUUUUAUCCAUAUGCUGCUUGUAUCCAGUGAUCUCAUGGCCUAACUAGAUUGGCA